AUCUCAACUCUCUCUAACCCAAAUCCAUCCAAAUCAAAAUUAACACUUUCUACUCCUACUACUUUCAUAUAUAUCCGAAUAAAAUCAAGAUCACAUUCAAUUCUUCAUUAUGACCUUUUAAUUAAUUAUAGGUGGUGAUUUUGGUUCGUCCUCUUCUUCCCCUUUGUUGUAUUUAUAGCGUGACAAUCUCAUUCCACUCAAACAUUUUCAUUCCCCCCUUUCUCUCUCUGGCCUUUUUUCCUGCGAAUUCUGCUCCGAAUUCUACUAAUUAGAUGGCUGCUGAUGUCAGUUCAUUGGUCAGAUUGAUCAACGGCGCCGAUGCUGCUGAUUCCCCCAAAUCGACGGCUCCGAUCACCCGCGACUUGCUCGAGGGAUGUACAACCCUUGAUUCGAAGGAAUUGGACCUCGACUUGCAAGUCCCCUGCGGCUGGGAGAAGCGCCUCGACCUUAAGUCAGGAAAAGUGUAUCUGCAGAUAUGCAAUCCCUCAAACUCAUCAUCAUCAACAACAGCAGAAAACAAGAGCAGCAAGGCAUUUCAAGACCUCAACUUCCCGCCGUCAUCGAAGAAGAAGACGCUGAACCUCUUCGAUGACGAGGGGCUGGACUUGAAGCUCGUAUCCCUCUCCUCCUCCUCGUCCACGUACCAGAGCGUAUGCACCCUUGAUAAGGUCAAGUCCGCCCUCGAGAGGGCGGAGAGGGAGACCACGAGGAAGCGCUCAAUUUCAAUGUCCAAGUCAUCAUCCCCUUUGCCGUUGAAUUCUUCCUCCUCGAUCAAGGACAUCGAUCUCGAUCAGGAGGAGAGGUCGUCCUCGUCCUUCGCUGCCGGCUGCCCUACGUGUCUCCUCUACGUGCUCAUCUCGAGCAACAAUCUGAAGUGCCCUCGGUGUAACUCGAAUGUGCCGUUGCCUCUCGCUUUCAAGAAGCCUAGAAUUGAUCUCAACAUAUCCAUUUGAGAUAAAGAGAGAGAGAGAGCCAUAUUUCAUAUUUCUUGGCUCCCAUUUUUUGUAAAGAUAGAGAAAUACGUUUAUUUUUUUCAUAAGCUUUUAAAGAAUUGGUAUAUAAAGGUUUUACAUGUAGCUAAAGAUAUGAUCAAUUUCAAUGCACAUUCUCUUUUUUAUCUUAA